AUGGCUCCUAUUCAAGCUGGUACUUCCGCUGAAACCUCCACUACUUCUGGAAAAGGUUACGAGAUUGCCUCCAGAGGCGCACACAACCUUGCCAUGGGUGCUCCUCCUCCACAUUCGAUUCCUAAGUUCAGCACUAAAGAGGAAGAGCGUGCUUGGGCAAAGCAACACAUGGCCGCCGCAUUCCGUGUUUUCGCCCGUAAAGGUUACACCGAGGGCACUGCUGGCCAUAUCUCUUUGAGAGACCCUAUUGACCCCGACACGUUCUGGAUCAACCCCUUGGGCAAGCACUUUGGUAUGAUCAAGGCCAGCGAGUUGGUUCACUGUGAUGAGGAGGGUAACGUUUUGCCCGAUGGCCCUCAGUCUUCUAUCAAUGCUGCUGGAUUUGCAAUCCAUUCCGCUAUCCACAAGGCUAGACCAGAUGUCAAUGCCGCAUGCCACACCCACUCCGUCUAUGGUAAAGCGUUCUCUACCUUUGGCAGAGAGUUGGACAUGAUCAACCAAGAUGUCUGUACCUUCUACAAGACCCAGGCGGUCUACUCCAACUUUGGUGGUGUUGCAAUUGAACCAGAGGAGGGCAAGGAGAUCGCCGCUGCGCUCGGCAACGGUAAGGGUAUUAUCUUGCAGAACCACGGUCUCUUGACCGUUGGUGCUACUGUUGACGAGGCUGCCUACUUGUACACCUUGAUGGAGAGAAGUUGUGAAUGUCAGUUGUUGGCAGAUGCUGCUUUGAGACCUGGCGAGAAGUUGAAGAUUUGUGGCGACCAAGAGGCUGCUUACACCGAGAACGUUCAAGGAGAUCCUGAGACGCUUUACGCCGAGUUCCAACCCGACUUCGAGUGGGAAUUGUACAAGAACCCAGACUUCAUGAUCUAG